AUGGACCACACCGCAGGCAGAGAAGGACACCGGCGGCUGGCCCCGGACAGACACUUCCCCCCAUCACCGCGGGGUGGCGCUGCAGUCCCGAUGAGAUGCGGAUGAGCAACCGAAGCACAAAAAAAAAAAAUCUGCUCUCAUCCCUGGAGAGAACACCACAGCGCAAUGGCCGUGUUGGUGGAUGCGAGCUGUUGAAUACUAUACAAUUUAUUUAACUACCUCACAAUAGCGCAUGUUUUGCGUCUGUCGCCGCUGGGAAAGACUUUGCAGGUGGUAGCCGCGGCGCUAAGACGACUCGCCAGCUCCCACCGACUGUGACCCGGGCAUCAGGAAGAAGGUAGCCAGCUGGCUAACUUAAUCUACCAGGCUUUAUGGCUGAACCGGAGCUUCUGCUGGACUCCAACAUCCGACUCUGGGUGGUGUUGCCCAUUGUCUUCAUCACCUUUUUUGUCGGGGUCAUCCGUCACUAUGUGUCCAUCCUUCUUCAGAGUGACAAGAAGUUGACGUUAGAACAGGUUUCUGACAGCCAGGUUCUGAUUCGGAGCAGAAUUCUGAGGGAAAAUGGAAAAUACAUUCCCAAACAGUCAUUUUUGAUGAGGAAGUUCUACUUCAAUAAUCAAGAAGAUGGAUUUUUCAAGAAGACCAAAAGAAAGGUUGUCCCACCAUCUCCAAUGACAGAUCCCAGCAUGCUGACUGACAUGAUGAAGGGAAAUGUCACCAACGUGCUUCCCAUGAUCCUCAUUGGAGGCUGGAUCAACUGGACCUUUUCAGGAUUUGUAACAACUAAGGUUCCCUUCCCUCUCACUCUGCGCUUCAAGCCCAUGCUGCAGCAAGGAAUAGAGCUGCUCUCACUGGAUGCCUCCUGGGUGAGUUCAGCGUCAUGGUAUUUCCUCAACGUGUUUGGACUACGAAGCAUGUACUCUUUAAUUCUGGGCCAAGACAAUGGUGCGGAUCAGUCGAGGAUCAUGCAGGAGCAGAUGAGUGGUGCUGCCAUGGCCAUGCCUGCAGAUACAAAUAAAGCUUUCAAGGCUGAGUGGGAGGCACUGGAACUGACUGACCAUCAGUGGGCGCUGGAGAGUGUAGAGGAGGAUCUGAUGAGCAGAGAGCUGGACUUUGACGGCAUGUUUAGCAAGGAGCUGCCGAGCGGCAUCUUCUGAUGGCCUGCUCACUUCUACUUGGAGCCUUCAGUUUGAAUUUUUUGAUCAUUGCAGGGAUUUGUUUUUGAUCCCUUCAUGUUAUGCAAAGUUUACAUUCACUUAUCUGUGGUCCUUGUCUUUUCACAUGUAUCACCUUUCCACAAUAUCUGAAAGGACUUCAAAUACACUGGUUCUGCUGCUGUCUCAUGCAAAUUAGAGGCCAUUGCUUUGUUGUCUCACCUUUUAGACAAGGAGACUUUUGGGAGAAACUGAGUGUAUUUUGCUUAUUGAAAUGCAUUAUUAUUAGCUUGCAACUGUAUGCCAUUAGGUAAUAGAAUAUGAACUACCUAGUGUUUUUCUUCUUUUCUUAUGCCAUGCACAGCUAGACCAGCUGUCUCCAUUUUCAUAUGUAUCAUCAUGUUUAAAAAAAAACAGGGCACUACCAUUUUCCAGGUCUGAAUGAUGUCUAUUUAAUUAUACUUUAACAGUCUUUGAUGACUCCUCUGUUAGGUCAUAGGUCAGCUGUUCUGAGUCAGCUGCUUGGAGUUGGAAGCAGACCCAGAACUGAUUAGUUGUUGGCAGAGAGUGUGUUUGUGUGAUUGAAAAAUUGUUUUUGAUGUAUGUAGACAGUUUAUUUUGUAAUGUAACUCCCCUGUGUUUUGUACAGCAUAAAGCCUGUUUUGACUAAACA